GUUGUCGGUCCUCAGUGCGUGUUUGUCCCGAGUCGAGAGUAGAGUUCCCAGAAUCCACAGCGGAGAGGCUGGCGCGUUCCGUUCCCCUUGUUUUUGCCACACUGAUAAGCAGAAGUUCAACCUAAACCCGGGCAAGAUGAAGCCGCUGAUAGUGAUCGUACUCGUGGGAAUGCUGACGAGUAGCUGCCACCUUGCCCAUGCCCAGGAUGCUGUCGAUGACGCCGUCGAACAGGAAGCGGGCGAUCCAAAUGACGCAGAUAACAUUGAAGCCAGCAAGGUUCGUAUUGCUGCGCAGGUUGAAGCCAUGCUGGAGCAUUUCCAGCAGGAGGAUCCGACGGGCCUGCCCGGCGUGCCCAUUCCCGAUCCCAUGGAGGUCCCCGAUGUUAAGAAGAGCCUGGGAAUGGGCACAUUGGUGAUGAAGGAUGUGAAGGCCCACGGUUUGUCCAAGUUCCGCAUCGACAAACUGAACUUGGACUUGAAGGAACUGAAGAUCAAUGGUGGCCUUCAAUUGGAUGAGAUGCUGUGCAAGGGCAAUUAUGAGCUUGCCACCUUCUUUUCGAAGACCAAAGGACCCUUCACCGUGCUCCUGAAAAAAGUCUAUGCAGAGGCAACGGCCUACUUGGCGGUCGAACGCGACGGCCACUUGGACACGGACCGCGUCAGGAUCGACAUUACCUUCGCCGACAUGGCCAUGGACUUCCAGAACCUCGGUUUCCUGGGCUCAGUUUUCCAGAGCGUGGUUAACUCAGCUCCCAAUCUAGUGUUCGACGCCAUGAAGCCGUUCAUGCUCCAGGAGGCGGAGAAAAAGAUGCGCCUGGAGAUUGCUAAUAUGAUCCAAACGUCGCUUGGUGACCGCAAGCUGCCCAACUCCAUCACACCGCUGGACAGCGCCAUCGCCAUGGGCCGAAAGAUAGUGCGCCAGAAGGGUUACGACCCGUACCAUUUGCCCGAUAUGAAUCGCACGAUGGGCGUGUUCAGUGUCCAGCUGGCCCACACCUGGAUCAACGGCGUCUCGAGUUUCUAUCGCGUUGGCAACAUCACCGCCGGCAUGGCCAACAAGACGGUGUCGGUUCUCCUGCAGCUGGGCACUCAGCAGAUAACAGGCGCCGGCCAGUGGGAGGUAGGCCUGGGCAUGAUGACACGCGUGGGACAUGUCCAGUUCACCGUGCAGCACAUCCGUGCCACGGUCGGCAUAAGCCAGUCCAUGGAUACGCGUAAGCGGGCACAGGUCACCGAUCUGCAGUUCGACAUGGGCAAUAUCCAGGUGCGUUGCGACGGAGCUGGCACCUUGGACUACAUCAUGGAGUUCCUGGUGAACGUGAUACCCAAUCUGUUGCGCUACCAGAUCAUGGACGCCAUUGAGAACCCGAUUAAGCAGCGCGUGCAGGAGAAGUUCAAUGCCAUCGAUGUGGAGCAGGUCAUCAAGCUGAUGGCUCAGAAGUACGAGGAAGAGGGCAGCGAAUUCACCUUCGAUCCGAAGCUGUUGGGGUUCUAAGCUAGAGAACAAGAGAGAGAGAGUGUUUGCAAUAAAGGUUUAUCUUUAUCCCAGAAGAUCGGGAGUCAUCACAA